GGUUUCGCCCUCGCUAUAUGCUGCUCUUUUGGCUAUUUUUUCGCCGUCGCAGCUUUCAGCUGGCUUCCUCGUCUUCGCGAUGGCUUCCAUUGGGGUUUUUGGACACCUCUUCUCCUUGGCUUCGCACUUUACCGCCUGUUUCACACACAAAUCGCACCUCCACAUACGGGAUUCAGCUAUCGCGGUGGUGCCGACACACGCGUAUUGGUACCACUUAUGGCAUUUUUUGCACAGCACCAUAGUCACGUUAUUAUGCCGCUCGCACCCACCACGAUUAAAACUCGUACUCAUCGCGACGAACACUGGUAGGGACUUUAUUUUCGAAGAAAAUAUCGAAACAAUUUUUGAAUGUUGCCACGGGUGUAGCUUUAUGUUUAUUUCAGUUGCUGCUACAGAAUUUUUGUAACUGUCGCUCGCGUAUUCAGGGUUCCGCCGAUCAGUUCAAAAAUUGGUCUGUCUUUCUUCGUAUAUAAAUUGCAACUAAGCGUCUUCAAUGGCGCUUUGUUUUUCACCAGCUGAUCUACUUGACCCUAAGUAACCUCGCUUAGCGACCUUUCUCGAACUUUUCCCUUAUUGGUUAUGUUUUUCAACAUAGCCAGUUGUUUCAUAUUUGGGAUAUAUGUUCGUCUUUAUCUAAUCUUUAUCUUUAUCUAACAACGCCAUCUGGAGUUUCUUUUGCGAAUUAUUCGAGCUGUCCUUGACAGCUCGUUGUUUUGUAAAUAUUACGGCAGCUAAUCUGCACGAGGUGCACAUCGUGCCAACAAACAUGUUAGAGUUUCAACGCCUGCAUCAAGUAGCCAUUGCUCCGAGAUGUUUCUCGAACAACUGUCAAGUGGAGUGCAGUGAGGAAGUUCCUCUUUUCUUCUUUCGGCCGAACAACAAACAUCUAAAUUCCCGUGUGCUCAAGAAACUGUUCAGAAUUUCCCGAAAGCAUCACACCAGUGUUCCAAAUUCCUAGUGGCUUGUUUUCCGCCGAAAAAAAAAUCCCCCUCAACCGACCGAACCGUGUUGCACUGCCACCACCCGUUGUUCGAGUGUCGGCGCACUCAUAUCGCAACAAAAUGCCGUCAACGUCAUGCUGGUGCCAGCCACGCACAUGCCCCGGAAUUCUGCGUCGCGUGCCAGCCUUCACAGUGCAGGCCUGCCAGCGCUGUGUAGUGGUCUGGCCGCCCUGCCCUAUUCCGGUGUUCUGCAUCCGGCCGGCGCGCGUAUCGCGCUUCCGUGGGUUUUUCCUGCGCGGCGACAUACCGAUCUCGCGCGAGUGCGGAACGCGCUGUGUGAAACACUUCAUCAAGUGGCACACACCGCCGGAACAGCUCAACUAUCAGCGCUUUCUGCCACUGUUUUUCGAUGGGUUGUGCGAGUCGACAUUUCCGUACCGGGAGUUUGCACGCCACGGGGUGAGCGAUCUGCUGAUAGCCGGGACCGAACGACAGAUAUUCCAAACCAUCCCCAUGCUGAUACUGCCAAUGCGCGAGGCGUUGAACACGAGAAAUCCGGACAUUAUAAUUGCAACAUUAAACGCGUUACAGCAGCUGCUGCGUGUCGGACCAUCGAUCGGAAUCGCUCUGGUGCCGUACUAUCGACAGCUGCUGCCAAUGCUGAAUCUGUACAAGCAGCGGCGCGUUAACAUUGGCGAUCAUAUAGACUUUCGUGGCGGUCGACGGAUUGGCGAUGUGGUGAAUGCCACACUCGAGCUGCUGGAACAGUGCGGCGGGCCCGAUGCGUAUCUCAACAUUAAGUACAUGGUGCCGACGUACGAAAGCUGUGUCUACAAUCGCUAGAUCAGUUGCAAAACAUGUGUGUAUAAUUCAAAAAUUGCAACAUGACCAGCUAGCAACAUAUCAUGCAAAAGAAAUGUAAGUCUUUUUUGUGGUAUCUUUUUGAAUACAUUCUCCUUUCUCCUUAAAAAGCAGA